AUGACUAGAAGACUAACACAUUUCAUUUUUCUACUCGCAAUUUUUCUGGUGGCGCAGACGUCGGUGCUGAAUUUGAGGCCCAAACAAUUUGUGAAUUCUGGUGAGUGUUUUGGGGCGGGAGAAUUCUAAAACAUUUCAAAAAUUCGCUCAAAAUGCCGCGUCUUCUCAAAAAUUCACGCAAAUCGCUCUCGAAAAUCACCAUAAUCCCUACUUGGAAAAGAGAAAUUCUCACACAUUUUAUCCAGUUUCUUCUCCAAUUUUCCCUUCUUCCUACCGAAACAUAACAAACAAGGCGAUAAAAACUUUUUAUUAAUAUCUUGGCCUAAAAUCUUUUCCAAAUGUUCCGCCGAUUAUCUGAUUUUGGUAUUUAGAAGACAGUGUUCCUUUUAAUUCUUUUACAAACUGUUGGUAAUAAAAUAUGAGAAAAGAAAAGAAAGUCAAUAAGAAAUAGAAGAAGAUCCACUAUGUAUGUGUAAAUAAAUAAGAAUAUACUUAUUUUCUAACACAUUUUGAGAAAAGGGAUACUUAACAUAACAUUUUAUUGUUUUUUUUUUGAAGGACAGAGGGUUUCAGAGAAGUUUUGCCGCGAAAAAUUAUUCUUCAGAAAACAAAAAAGUUUUUUUUCGCGCCAAAAAGAAUCUCACAUUAACCGUGGGAAAAUAUAUUGACCAGGUUUUACCAAAAAAUAUUUCGCGCCAAAAUCUGCUCUCUUCUCCUCAAGACCCAUCCAUAAAUCUUCAAAUGUUUGGGGCCAAAUUUAGUUCCCAAUUGGCACAUUAUACAUAUGUGUAGUUCUUCUCCUCGUUUUUCCACUAAAAAAGGAAAAGUUGCUCAUAAUUUGUGUGUGAUUGUUCCAUUUUCGGUUCGGACAUUCAUCUUAUUCUUAUUCUUAUGUUGUGCAAAAUUCCCCAAGGAAAACAAGGGACAAAAUCAUGACUUUUAUGUGUAAGACAAAUCUUAAAGGGACAUACUUUUUACUGCGGAAAAAAGAAGAUCCGGAUUUUUGUUUUUUGUCAAUUAAUAAAAUGAAGAAAAAUAAAUUACAAGUAUGGUUCUUCUACUAAUUAACAAAAGGAAUAUCUUUUUUUUAUUUUAUUUAUUUACUAAUGGAAAAAGAAACAAGUUUUGGUGUAGUUUUAUUGUUCCAAUAUUAUUAAUAAUAAUAAUUUGUGUGGAGUUAGGUCAACUGGAAAUCUAAGGGGUUAGGAAACGGAAACUUGAAAAAAUCAUGUAUAAAAAUUAUCUCAGAAUUUUGAAACAGUGAAAAAUUGCAUAAAGAGUUUUCCACCCUAACCUAACCUAAGCUUAGACCCAAAAUUAACCUAAAAUUAGCCUUAGCUACCAUCCUCUCUCCAUUAUUUGUGCAUUUUUCCAUCGUGAUGACACCUAACAAAAGGUUGAAAAGAAGAAAUUGAGAAGAGUCACUCACUCCUAUAAAGUUUGUUUUUGAAAAACGAUAUUAUUUUCGGGAGGUGAAAUACAAAAAAAAGUGGAAGCAUAUAAUGGAAGUGUAGUUUUUGAUCUACUCACAGAAAGGGUAAACUAGAGAAUUUGUUGGGAUGUUUGAGAAUUUUUUUGGUGCAGAAGGUCUGGGCUACAGUAAUCCGAAAAAUUGCUGAAAAUUUCCUGUCAAGACCAGAAACCACUGAAAAUCAUAACAUUUGAAAUUCAGUUUUGGCGCCAGAAAUCUGAAUACAGUAACCCAAAAUGUCGGUGCGAGAACUCAAUAUUUUAAACUUUAAUGUUGACGCUCAAAAUAUGUCUUCUGAACUACAGUAACUACAGUAAGAUUUUUCGCGCCAAAAUUUAAAUUUGAAAAUUUAAAGCCGUAUGGUAGGGCUGCACGCGGGGCACCCCGCGAUGAAACACCGUGCAAAAAGUCAUUCGCCCCCUCGCCCCUUCGCCCCCUCGCCCCUUUGCCCCCUCGCCCCGUUGCCCUCUCGCCCCGUCGCCCCUUCGCCCCGUCGCCCCCUCGCCCCCGCUUGUAACUGUGUGUGGUGAAGUAAUAAAAGAAGAUAGAAGCGCGCACACACUUACAAGUGGGGGCGAGGGGGCGACGGGGCAAAGGGGCGACGGGGCGAAGGGGCGACGGGGCGAGGGGGCAACGGGGCGAGGGGGCAAAGGGGCGAGGGGGCAAAAGCGUGGCGGGGCGAGGGGGCCGCCCCCACGCCCCAUCGUGCAGCCCUACCGUAUGGAUUUUAUCAUGGAUAAUUUUUAGUUGGAAAAUUUCUAGAUCUGUUUUUUUUUCUGAAAUUUUGAAAGUACAGUAAUCCUCAAGUUUUGACUCCAAAUCUUUCAAUUUCAAAAAUCUAAUGUUUAUUUUCGUGGUGGUGAGAAUUCUUGCCUACAGUAUAUCCAGAUUUACAAGCGCGAAAAUCUUCAUUUUUGAAUAUCUUGAAUUCUACACUAACAUGAGUCCAAAAAUCCUAAUUAGCAUGAGAAAUCUUGUCUACAGUACACCCAGAUUUUUGAGCGCGAAAAAUUUUGAUUUUGAAUUUUGCCUUCUGUUGCUCAUCAUUGUCUCUCUCAAAUGUAUAAAUAUUUAUACAAUUUUGUCAAUUUUAUUCCAUCUUAUUUUCCAUAUUUCAUAUUUCAUCACACCAGACACCCUUUCUAGCCAGCCAACAGCUGUCAAUCAAAAUGUUUAUGUAAAUAUUCUUCUUCUUCUUCUUGGUCUUCUUUUUUCAAUCAAAAACAUGAUAAAUCUUUUUACAUUUACAAUAUUAGCACAUUUACGCAUCUGUCCGCGCUGCGGGAAUUUUUUCCCCAAGAAAAUAUAAGACAAUAGAAAGAAGGGCCUAAAAUUGAAGGUAAUUAUCCACCCCCAAAGAGUCCCUUUUCAAAGGCAAAAAAAGAGACAAGUAAGGUCAACUUUUUUGUUAGAAAAUAUGUCGGAAAAGGCAAAAAAGAAGAAGAAGAAGAAAAGGACACAAUUGAGCUAAUGUAAAUAAUAAUUGAAUAAUAAUAUUAAUAUUAUUAUUAUUGUGUUUUGUUAUAUGAGAAAACGGGACGGAAAAUCCGGAUUGAAAAAGAAGAAUACAUGGAAAAUAUAUUUGGAACGGGGGAAUUUUUCACUGUUUCAGAAUAAUAGGAUAUACAAAUUUGAAUCUUUGUUUACAAUAAUAUCAAAAAAAGUCACUGUUUCCAAAAUUGUUCUAUUUUGAAAUUGCUUUUUGUGUCUGUUCUCUGGGUAUCCUGAAAAUUCACUGUUUCAGAAAAAUAUAACAUUGUUAAAUUAUUUCUCUCAAAAUUGGUCAUUUAUCAUAGGUUUCCAAAAUAAUUCAAAAAAAAUUCACUGUUUCAGAAAUAUUUUGAAGUUUGAAAGUGAUAUUGCAAAACAAUAUUUUGAAAAUUUACUGUUUCAAAAAUAUUAGGUAUAAUAAUAUUUUUCAUUAUUUUUAUUCACUCACCGAACUUCAUGAUUCAAAAUUUUCACUGUUUCAAAUAUUGUUUGGUUCUUGAAAUUUUUGAAAAUAAUUAAUUUGAUCGCCAACCAUGCAGUCUAAAUAAACACUGUUUCAAAAAAUUGUGAUAUUAAGUCAACAUUAUUGACUUUUUGUAGUUCUCGAAAUUUUCACUGUUUCAAAAAAAUGAGUUAAUUUGGAAAAUUUCUAUAAUGUUAUUUCCAACUCUUUGUAUAUCAAAAAUUUCACUGUUUCAAAAUUUUAUUGAAUCUAGAAAUUCUAGCAGAAUUUUGAUAGGAAAAAUAAUUUUUUUUUAAAUACAAAAUUUUCAUUUCAUUUUUCAGUUGGCCUCGGCGAUCGUUUUGGCGGCAUCGGAACACAUUCAGACGAAUCGGAUCAUUUCAAACUUUUGGCGGCUGAUGGUGACUCACUUCUAGUUGGCGCCAGGUUAGAUUUCUACUUUUUUAUGUCCAAUAAUUGGCAACAUUUUGCCUUCUUAGCCUUCGGCCUCAAAAAACAAAUCAAAAUUCGAUUAGUUUUUGCUGUAUUUGACCUUGAGGGGAUUUCAUAUUACAUUACUCUUUUUACUCCUCUUUUUUUGCUAUUAGAAAAGGAAAAAAAGUCGAAAAAAGGGAAAAACACAUAUAAUAAAUUGAACCCGCAAAAAGAGAAGAAGAACGCCUUUGACACCAGCAAAAAACACCAAUUUCCGACGGUUUUUAUUAGGCUUUCGCGCAUUUUGGAAAUUUGCCGAAAAACGAAGAGAAAUUUGGGGAUUUUGGCGCCAAAGUUUUUGAAUUUCAAAAUUUUUCAGGUUAAUUUAAAUUAUCAAUUUUCGUAGAUAUUGAAGUAGAGCAUAAUUUUCUCAAAAAAUUGUAUUUUAUAAAAAUUUUGAAACAGUAGAUUUUUAUAGAAAUUUAGAAUUCCGAAAAAAUAUCACAAAGUGGUUUUUUUGCACCAAUUUUCAAAAAAAAAUCAUUUUUUUCAGAAAUGCUGUCUACAAUCUAUCACUUGCUUCCCUGGUUGUAAAUCAUGUAAGUUCAAAUUUUGGCCAGUUUUUGACUGGUUUUUGGGCUCCAAAUCUUAAAUUUAGACUAACUUAUGGCCUAAUUUCGGAUCUAAAAUUCUAAAUCAAUUUUUGAAAUUUUGAGCAAAUUUUGGACCUGAAAUUGAUCAAAAAUGUCCCAAAUGCUCAAAAAUAUCGAUUUUUCGACUUUUGACUUAAAUUUGAACCUGAAAAUGCUCAAAAUUUUUCCAGAAAAUCGAUUGGAAACCUCCCUCCGACAGCAUCGAAGAAUGUAUUAUGAAAGGAAAAUCCAAAACCGAAUGUCAAAAUUAUAUUCGAGUCCUAGCGCGAAAAUCCGCGGGUGUUCAACUCGUCUGUGGAACUCACGCAUUCUCUCCAAAAUGCCGUGAAUACACAACAAAUUCGGGUGGAAAUGUUCGAAUGACACGACAAUUCGACGGUUUGGGCAUAUCGCCAUAUGAUCCGAAACACAAUUCAAGUGCAUUGUAUUUGCCGGAAACCAAUCAAUUGUAUACGGCGACGGUGACUGAUUUUGUUGGAAAUGAUGCCUUGAUUUAUAGGUGAGUUUUUAGGGAAUUUUUGUUAAAAUUUUGGAUUUUCUCACUGUUUCAAAAUUAUAAUAAGGGUUUUCUGGAUUUUGUUCAUUCUGAUUUUUUUUUCACGAAAUUCCACUGUUUCAAAAGAUUUAUGAGAUUUUUGUUUGAAUUUUUGAAGCUGAUAGAUUUUGAUUUUGAAGUUUUCUCACUGUUUCAAGAAGUCGAUUCAAUUUUUAAAUAUUGAAACAAAAUUCUACUGUUUCAAAAAAAUAUGAGAUUUUUUCUUCGAAUUUUUGUAUUUGAUCCAUUUUUUCUGUACAUAUGAUUCAAUAAUGGUUAUCUUCCAAAAACCUGAAUUUUUUCACUGUUUCAACUAUCUGAAAAAAUCCCCUCUCUUCUUUUCCCCAAAAAAUUUUACUAUUUCAAAAGUGACACUAGAUUUUCUGGAAUUUUUCCUAUCUGAUUCGAGCGUUUUUUCUCUAGCACCCCAAAAACUUGUUAGAAAAAUUUAAAAUUUGGAAUUUUUCACUUUUCUUUUUUCAUUUUUCGAAAUGCUACUGUUUCAAGGAAAUUAUCAGAUUUUUCUUUGAAUUUUUGAAUUUGAUUUAUUUGUUCUGUGCUAUGGAAAUAAUUAUUUUAAUAAUCCUAGAUUUUUCCACUGUUUCAUCUUAUUUUUAAAUUAGAAUCUUGAAGAGUUGUUGUUCAAUCAAGAUCAAAUAAAUAUUCCUAAUCAUUUAACUGUUUCAAGAAAAUUAUAUGAUUUUUCUGGAUUUUUUCAUCUGAUUAGUCAGGUCUAUCAAUCUUGAAUUUCCCUUCCUGCUGAAAUCGGAGCUGGAAUACGAUUUUUCGUAAAAAUUCAAUUUUUCAAAUAAGAAUAUCCUUUUUUCUGAUUUUGACUAUCAUGGGUAUGUGUCAUCAAUUUCAAAUUAAAUCUACGCGUUUAUUAAUUUUGUGAAACAGUGAAUUUUUGAGAUAAGAAUUUUUCACUGUUUCAAAAAAUACAUUUUUGUAAUUUGAAUAAUAAAUUUUUGAUUUCAUUUCAUGAUGGUAAUCAAUUUAACAAAUUUUCACUGUUUCAAAAAAUUGAUAAUUGAAUAGUUAGAGAAGUUUUAUUUGCUGUCAUGAGAUGUUAAUCAAAUUUUUCACUGCUUCAAAAAUUCAAAGAGAUUUAGCUCAACUCGAAUUUCCCAAGAAAAAUCAGCUAAUUUUUGCCACCAUUUAGUUGUUGUUAAGACCGCAAAAAACCCAUAAACAUGCUCGUAAAAUCCUUCUUCACUUCGGUAUUUUCCUUCUAAACGACCUCUUUUUCUCCUCACAAAAACGACCUUCAUAAUCUAUCGAAAUGUUCCGAAAAACAGAGGAAACAGAGAAAACUUGUUCGGAAUUAGACAUAGCAAAAAUUGGGAUGAGAUGAGGAUGUUAAUUAUGAAAUUAUCUGUUUUUUUCAGGAAAAAUGUGGAUGAUGAUGGAGGAAGAACUGCGAAUAAUAUACGAACACAAAGGGAUGAUAUUAGGGUUUUGGAUUGUGAGUUUGAAAGGGGCUAAUUUUUUAAACGAAAAAUGAGCACAGCAAAUUUCCACAAGGAUUUUUGGCGCCCGAAAAUUUCAUUAUGAAAAAUUAACCGGAAUCUAUAAUAAAAAUUUAUCUAUAAUAAAAUAGAAGAAUCAAAUUUUGUUUCAUGAUUUUUCAAUAAGAAAAAGUUGGAACAGUAAAUUUUUUUAGAUGAAAUUUUUUUGUGAUUUCCCAUUCGAAUUUUCCGGUUAAACAUUUUUGUCACUUUUCUCGUGUGGGUACUCGAAAUUAUUUUUUAUUAUUAUCCUUUUUUUAAAACUAAAUUUUGAAACAGUUAAUUUUUAAAAAAUUCUUAGAAUUUUUUUUAGCUAUUCAAACAAUUUGAAAAAAAAUUUUAUGAAAUAAUUUUAAAAUUCAAAAAUUUGCUGUUUCAAAAAAUCCAUGAAUUGUUUUCAUCGGUUUUCUACCCAAUUUUGUUAAUUUUAGAAGCAUUAACAUUUAAAAAAAUCCACCACUAAUUUUUAAGUGAAAAAUUUUCACCCAAAAAAUCUCCCCUUCCCCCCUGAAUCCACAUUUUUCCAGCCCCAAACUUCGUUGCCUCCUUCGUUUUCAAAGAGCACAUAUAUUUCUGGUUCCGCGAAAUGGCAAAUGAAGCAGUUGAUAAUAAUGAAGAAGUACAAGUAUAUGCGAGAGUUGCACGAGUUUGUAAAAAUGAUAAAGGAGGUGCGAGACCAUCGAAUGAAAGAUGGACAAGUUAUUUGAAAGCUAGAUUGAAUUGCUCAUUGCCCUCUUCGAAUUCGGCGCCGUUUUAUUUUAAUGAGCUUAGUGAGUUAGGGUUUGGGAUGGCAAACGAUUUGUCAAAAAAUUAUUUAAUUUUAUCAGCCUAGUUGCGAAAAUAGAGCAAAUCUCAAAAAUUUUCCAAAUUAUUUCUGAUAUUUUUGAAACAGUGAAAUUUUGUGUGAGAAAAUUUUAAAAGCAAUUUUUCUAUAUAAGCAAUGAAACAUAGCCCAAAACACCAAAAUUUUAUCAAAAAUUUGAAACGUACAUUUCUCGAAUUUUCAAAGCAGAAUAGCAGUGAUAUUAUAGUGAUAGAACAUCUCAAAAUUUUUCUGAUAUUUUUUAAACAGUAAAUUUUUUGAUUUAAAAUAGCUCUGAAAUCAAUUUUUGUUUUUUUUGUUUCCAUUGGAGCUCCAAAAAUUCCCAAAAAAAAUUUUAUCUGAAUUUUGAAACAGUUAAUUUUUUCAACUUUUUUUUCUGUUACACAGAGAAUAAUUGCUCUAGUUAAUGAAUUUUUCCAACUCUUAAAACAGAAUAAGAAAAUCUUGAAACAGUGAAUUUUUGUCAAAAGAAAAAAUUCACUGUUUCAAAAUUUGUAUUCAAAAAAUUCCGGUAUUUUGAAAUUGAUUUCAUUAAAAAAUGUUUCCCCAAAAAAUUUACUGCUUCAAAAAUUGUAUUUAACAUUUUCUCCAAUAUUUUUUGAUUAAUAAAUACAUUUCCCGUGGUUUUUGCAGAAGCAGUAUCGGAUCCAAUCCCAGCCGGCAGCAAUGAUCACACAAUUUAUGCCGUCUUUUCAACACCACAGUCUGACAUUCGAAUGUCGGCAGUCUGCGCAUUUUCGAUGCGAAAAAUUCGAGAUGAAUUCGAUUCGGGCAGUUUUAAACAUCAGGUCAGAUUAUUGGGGUUGUAUGAAUUUCGAAAAAAAAAAUUGAAAGUUCUUGAGUUCCUUUUGAAACAGUAAAUUAUUUCUUGAAAAAAUUCCUCCAAAAAUUUGAAUCCAGAAUUUUUGAAACAGGAAAAAGUUUAGAAUUUUGAGUUGAGCAAACAUAAUUUUGUAAUUGAAUUGAAUUCAAGUUUUGUCGCGCACACAUACAAUUCACACUUAAUUUUUCAAGUGCUCCAGGAGGAGAGAAAAAGUGGAAACAUUUUUUUGGAGCAGGGAAAAUUAGGGGUUUCCACGUGGAUUUUUUGGAGCGAAAAUUUCGAAUUCAAAAUUCAAUUUCCAUAAAAAUCUACUGUUUCAAAAUUUUCAUGAAUUCCAAUUUUUAAGGAAAUUAUGCUUCCAUCAAUUCAUUUUCCAAAAUUACCAUUUUAAAAAUAUUUUUGCGUUUUCAAAGUCUAAAAAUUUAAUUUCAGGAUUUUUUUUGAAUUACUGAAAACUUUUUAGAGAAUUUAAAAUUUACCCCAAGAAUCCCAAUUUUUGCAGAGAUCCCCUCAAUCCCUUUGGACUCCUUACAAUCGCAACGAAAUCCCCAAACCUCGCCCAGGUUCCUGUGUUCCCGAUUCAACUAAACUUCCCGAAGCAACAGUCUCUUUCAUUCUUCGAAAUCCUCUCAUGUUCAAUUCAAUCAAUCCAAUUGGACCACCUCUUUUAAUCGAAGGAGUUGAAAAAGCCGAACUAACACAGAUUACUGUAUUGCCACGUGUCAAUUCUGUAAAUGGUCAUAAAUAUGAUAUCAUAUUUUUGGGAACAUCUGAUGGAAAAAUCCUGAAAAUGGUUGAAAUCGAUGGAAAUGCGACGAUUAUUCAAAGUUCUCAAAUAUUCUCGAAAAGUGUGCCAAUUGUUAAUCUGCUGACGUCAUCAAAUUCAAUGAAUAUUGUAAUUGUAUCAUCUGAUGAAAUUGCGAGUUUACCUGUCUAUAAUUGCGAAAAACAGCAGAGUUGCUCGAAAUGUGUUCAAUUACAAGAUCCACAUUGUGCAUGGGAUUCGCAAAUUGCACGAUGUGUACAAAAACAGGAUUGGAAUGGUGGACAUUUUAUACAAAAUAUGGUCUUUGGACAAUCUGAACAAUGCCCGGAGGGAAUUAUUUUUGAGAAUUUUGGAAAUGAUGGAGCAACUGAGAAUGUUUUGCAAUCCGAAGCCAUUUUGAAUGGUGAUUUUGGAGCUGCGAAUCUCAAACAACACUCCACGAUUACGCUGAUUUUGGCGGUUUUGAUUGCUAGUAUUGUUUCGUUGAUUUUCGGAGCAUUUGUGAGUUUUUGAAAUUAGAAAAAAUCGUUUUUUUUUUUUUAAUUUAAAGCUGUUGAGAUGUCCAUCGAAACCUCUAAUCGCCUAGUUUUUCAAAAGAAAAUUUUGAAACAGUAGAUUAUUAGCUUAAAAUUGAAACAGUGGAUAUUUCGAAGUUUUUCUUGUUUUUGUUCAAAAUUUUUAGGUUUCUUAAAUGGCUCGGCAACGGAGAUUAUGAGUAGAGAGAAGUGUCGGGAAUUCGGCCACCAAAAUAGUUCGGCCACAUAUAUCUUUUAUUUUUUUCAGUUUUUUUUUCUGAAAUUUAUGUUCAACUUCAAUUUUUUGUGAAGCAAAUGCAUUUUGAGAUUCAUUCAUCAACAUUUGAACAUUUUUAAAUAUACUCAUAAUCUCCGUUGCCGGGCCAUUUAACAACAACUGUAAAACAAUUUUUGAAUUCAAAAAUUUUAUUUUAUAAAAAUUUUGAAACAGUUGAUUUUUAGCUCAAAAUUUGUGAUGAAAUUUAUUAGAUUUAUCAUAAAGCAAAAAAAAAGAAAACACUUUCGAAUAAAAAAAUCAAUUUUGUGAAAAAUUUGAAACAGUAUAAUAAUUAUUAGCAUUAUUUAAUUUUUUUUGUUAAUUUUGUGCAUGUUUCAGGGUUUUUGAAAUACAAUAACAUCAAUUUUUCAGAAAAAAAAUUUAUUUGAUGAAAAAUUUGAAACAGUAGAUUUUUAAGAAUAUUUAGUUCAGUUUCUGAAGUUUCAGAGUUUUGAAAAAAUUUCUUCAAACUUCAGUCCUUUGUUAUUUUUUUCAAAAUCAAUCUCUGAAAAUAUUGGCAAAGAAAAAAAUCACACCAUUAAAUUUUGGACGAAAAUUUUUUUCAUGAUAUUUUUGAAACUGUGAUUUUAUCAAUUAAUUAAUGAUAGUUAAUUUACCAAAUCUGAAUCGAAAAUUAAUUUUUUAGUCAAAAAUUUGAAACAGUAGAAAUUUUAUGUUAAAAAAUUGGGUGAUAAAAUUCCAACAAAUUUUUUUUGCAAUAUUUAAUUUCAGGUCGGCGCUCGAAUAACCCAAUGGGCCACCACAAAUGAUCCACAUCGUUCCGCGAGUUCAACAAGUGGCUCAGAUUACGAUAGUUUCGGUAGAGCACGUUUGACACGUCAUGACUCACUAACAACUGCGACUAAAAUUGAUCAUAAUUUUGUGCCACCGUCGAAAAAUGUGAGUUUUCUUUUUCAAAAUUUUGGAACUUACUUAGAAAUAUCAGUCUUCCUCUCAUUUUUUCCAAUAAAAAUCGAUCAUUUUAUGAGAUUUUUUUGUAAAAAAAAGAACAUCUGGAAUUUUAUUGGGUUAUUUAUGAAUCAUUGCACUUUUUCCACCAAUGAAACAAAAAACAACAAUAUUUUAGGGAUUUUCUAUAAAAAAAUAUAAAUGAGAGUGGAAGUUAUCUUAAAUUCAAUCAGUUUUUUGUGUCUAACCUUGACAAAAGGAAAAAAGGUUCCUUUUUCUUUUUCAUUACCAAAAAAUGAAAUUAAAUAAAAUGUGUUUUUGAAAGAGGGGAUGACUAAUUUUUGGGGUGAGUAAUCGCAUCAUUUUGAAUAUAUAAUUUGGAUGGAAUUGUUUUUGGGGGCUUUUGAAAUAGUGAGGAAUAUAAAAAAUUGAUAACAUUUCUAAAACAUAGCUGAAUAACAAGAGAAAAAUUUGAAACGUACAUUUUUUGGGAUUUUUUUUUCUCACUGUUUCAAAGUUUUUCUAAUGCAUCUAUUCAUUUGCGAAAAAAACCGAAAAAAAUGUAUUUUUUUACAAUAUUUUUCUAUUCACCAAAAUGCACGAAAUAAAUGUCAAUCGUGACGAGACCCACACACAUUUCAAGGAAAAAAACAUGCGAGAAAAAAAAACAAGAAAUGAAAUUUUCGAAAGCAUGCAUUUUUCACACUCGUUGCCUUGAAAUGAGUGUGGGUCUCGUCACGAUUGCAUGUAUUUCGCGACAAUUUGUGAUUUUGGUGAAUAGAAAAAUAUUGUAAAAAAAUACAUUUUUUUCGUGUUUUUUUGCAAAUGAAUAGAUGCAUAACUUUAAAAAAUUCACUGAUUCAAAAAAUUCAUGAAUUUUUGGAGCAAUUAUCCAUGUGGAAAUAAAAUUUAGCACCGAAAUGCCGAAUGAGAAAAAUUGGAGAUUAAUAAUUCGAGAAAAUUUUGAAACGUACAAUUUUCAGGGAUUUUUUUUCACUGUUUCGAAAUUUUUUUUUCAUAUUUUCCUAGUGAGCUGGAAUUUUUCAAUUUGAGUCAUAUUAUUUUUUCUCAAAAUUCAUACACCUAAAUUAUUUUCAAAAAUUUACUGUUUCAGAAAAUUAAUGAAUUUUUGAACAGAAUUUAGAAAAAUAAUUGAGAUGCUAUGCCGUUCAUAAAAAUCACUGUUUCAAAAAUUCCCCAAACUCGAAAAAUUUUCAGCUGCUAUUGCUGAGACGAUACUUCUAAAAUUUACAAUUUCAAAUUUUUCUGAACAAUUUUUCACUGUUUCAAAUUGAUUGAUGAUUGUCAAAUUAGUUUUUUGAACUUAAUUCCACAGUUCACAAAAGUUCACUGUUUCAAAAAAAUUAGAAAAUUUGGAAAAUGCCUAAGAUUUUCAAUGUUGCUAAUUCAAAACAGAUGGUUCCAGAAAUGUAUUUUAAAAAACAAGAAUUAUUGUUUUCUAGAUUCAGAUUUCCACAAAACUUCGAAAAAAAACCUAUUUUUCUGCAUUUAUUGGCCUAUUUUAUUUUUCCAAAAAUUCACUGAUUCAAAUUUUUUGAUUUUUACAAUACUCACUGAAUAUUACUGUUUCAAAAUUUUAUCAAAAGGCUAGAAGUUUUGAAUGUCUUAAUAAUCUAUUGAUAUUUUAGUUAAAAUUCCCAAUUUCUCCACCAAAUCCAAUAUAUAUUUUUUUGCAGAGCAUCGAUGCAACUUCAAUGAUAUUAUCAAUGAACAACACAACAUCAAAUCAUCAUCCAAUAAUGUCAUUAUCUCAACACGGAUCUGGAAUAAACACACCAUCCCGUGAUAAAAAUGCAAUCGUCACUUCAAUUAAUCAAAAUACACUUCCACGUGAUUAUAAAGUCAAAAAAGUUUACCUAUAA